UUACCACACUUUGAGACCUUAAAUGUAGAAUUUGACAACAUUGUGGACACUGACUACCUCGGCUGAAGCCGUGUGUUUUGAGGACAAAGUAAAGGUACAAAGGGUUAAACGCUGAGCUUUCGCAGCUCCGGUCGGGCUCCGCGGGCAGCGCUGGCUGCCUCCGAUAUUCCGGCUCGCUGUGGAUUCUGGGAGUCGGUGGGGGACACUGCCCAGGCUGGUUACCGGGAGAACUGGGAGCGGAUUUGUUUUUACCCCGCUACCUUGCUUUAGCCCAACGCCGGUGGCACUCGGAGCGCCAUGUCAAGCAGAGGAGGAAAGAAAAAGACGACCAAGACGUCCCGGUCCACCAAGGCCGGCGUCAUCUUCCCUGUGGGGCGCAUGCUGCGCUACAUCAAGAGGGGGCUGCCGAAAUAUCGCAUCGGUGUGGGAGCGCCGGUCUACCUGGCCGCCGUCCUCGAGUACCUGACCGCUGAAAUCUUGGAGCUGGCUGGCAAUGCAGCGAGAGACAACAAAAAGGGCCGAGUGACGCCGCGGCACAUCCUGCUGGCCAUCGCCAACGACGAGGAGCUCAACCAGCUGCUGAAAGGCGUGACCAUCGCAGCAGGUGGAGUUUUGCCCAACAUCCACCCGGAGCUGCUGGCUAAGAAGCGAGGCGCCAAGGGGAAGCUGGAGACGCCGGUGUCGCCGGCGCCGGAGAAGAAACCCAAGACAGUGAAGAAGACUGCAGCGAAGAAACUGGGUGGGAAAAAGGCUGGAGGGAAAACCAAGAGAGGAGAGGUGAGCAAGUCGGCGUCGGCAGACAGCACGACGGAGGGAUCUCUGGCCGACAGCUUCACCGUGCUCUCCACCAAGAGUCUCUUCCUGGGUCAAAAGUUGCAAGUUGUCCAAGCCGACAUUUCCGCGGUGGAGAGCGACGCAGUCGUUCACCCGACCAACUCGACCCUGUAUUCAGGUGGUGAAGUAGGCUCCGCUCUGGAGAAGAAAGGAGGGAAGGAUUUCACCGAGGCGCUGCAGGAGCUGAAGAAGAAGAACGGCCCCCUGGAGGUGGCUGGAGGUCAGUGCAGCGCCCAGACUUUACGGUUUAUCAAACCGCGUUUCUGUGUUCGAGUAACCGGAUCCGUUUCUGCGUUGUGAUGGUUGUCAAGUGACACAGUUUAUCUUUCGGAUGAUUCUCGGUUUAUUUCUGACCAGAAUACAGACAAACAACCGUGGUAAAGGCUCCAAGUCCKACACCAAACAAAAGAAUAAAACUAAAUUAACUUAACAGAUCUGUAAAUAAACUGAAUGUAUUUAGAUUAGAUGGAAG